CUAAAAGACCUAACUAUCCUGUUUCAUCAGUUGAAGAGUAUUACAGAGUGUCAGUAUAUAUUCCUCUGGUAGAAAAUAUAUUAAAUGAUAUGAAGGAAAGAUUUAAUAAUGAAAAAAAUCAAGCUUUUUUAUUUUUAUCUCAACUUACUCCUAAAAACAUUAUUAAAACUAACAAUGAUGAUAUUGUUAAAGUAGUUGAUGUCAUUAAAAAAUAUUAUACAUUUGAAGAUAUGGAUUUUAUUGAUUUGGAAGCAAUGAACCUUAAAACUGAAAUUAACCUAUGGAAAUCUAAGUGGAUAAGAAUAAAAGAUGAAGGUCUAGAUGUCAUCACUUCUGCGGAAACUUGUAAUGAGAUACUUUAUCCAACUGUAAAGAAGUUGCUUUUUAUUUUAGCAUGCUUGCCUGUUAGUGUAGCCUCAGCUGAAAGAUCAUUUUCUACUCUCAGAAGGUAAUGCUUAAUUCUAAUUGCAUGCAUAGUAUAUUAGUAUCAUAGGCAUAACUAAAAGGGGAGGGCUUUGUUGGGCUUCAGCAUAAGUUGGUAUUAACUUUUUUUUACCUACAACAUAAAUUUGCUAUAAAACAUUUUUGGGAAUGUUUUGCCCCCCUAACGUAAAGUUACGCCUAUGAAUAGUAUAAAUUAUAGUUAGUAUUUAAUCAAGUUUAUAUACCUACUUCAGCUAUUGCAAUUUUAAAAAUA